CCCUUACGUGGAGAGAGAUACUUCAAAGUCAUAUUGGCGAUCUCGCUUGCGCAUUUUAGCGAACAGUUUCUGCGCGGAAGAGGUAACACGAGUGUUAAUGGGAAUCUCGCAUUCUACUGUUCGACUGAUUACAAUUACAUCGUCGCCGUGUCCUUGCUUUUAACCGAUGAGGAAUGUCGUCGUUGCUCUCCGCCAUCACCGCCGCCGUGUGUCGCUGUUCCAGAGAGCUACACGUAGUGACAAACCUAUUAGCUCCCAGCUCGGUGGUUACAUAUGGAGAGGGAAGGAUAACGAACUCCCAAGACGGAUAAUUUCACCAUUUUACUUGCAACACAGAACAUAUUCGACGGAAUUCACCAGCGUUCAUGGUGGAAGACCUACUGCAGAGUAUGCAAAGUUGCGGAGAGAAUCCCUCGAAACCGAAUUUGGACAAGCUCUUGGAGCAUACAGCUCGAAAAGUUUCUCUGCGGUGUACCGCUUCGGCCCGUUUUUGGCGCUAUAUAGAGCCGCGAUCAUUUCCUUCUAUGUGGUGAAGCUUACCUUUUGGCAGCUCUUUGUUCAGGAUAUGAGGAAACGGGCUGUCAAGUUCCGUGAGACGCUUAUCAGCUUGGGGCCUUUCUACAUCAAGCUCGGACAGGCACUGAGCACGAGAGCAGACAUAUUACCCUCUAUUUAUUGUCAGGAGCUUUCAAAAUUGCAGGAUCAAAUUCCUCCAUUUCCAAAUAGUGUUGCCAUGCGAUGUAUUGAAGAGCAACUGGGUGCUCCAGUGUCAAAACUUUUUGCCGAUAUCAGUCCAAAGCCUGUUGCUGCUGCAUCUCUGGGCCAGGUAUAUAAAGCUCAUCUGCAUUCUGGACAGUUGGUAGCUGUUAAGGUUCAGAGACCUGGGAUGUCCCUCUCGCUAACACGUGAUGCGCUCUUAUUUCAUAUGAUCGGGGGACAACUCAAACGAUUUGCAAAAGCCCGUAAGGAUCUUUUGGUAGCAGUUAACGAAAUGGUCAGGCAUAUGUUUGAUGAAAUAGAUUACGUUCGAGAGGCAAAAAAUGCAGAACGAUUUGCUUCUCUAUACUCUUUUGAUUCAGGGAAUGAUCAGGUUAAUGAUAAUGCUGCACCUAGGAAUAUGUCCAAGAAUCAUAGAGCAGAGAACAUUAAAGUCCCUAAAAUAUACUGGAAUUUUACACGCACCGCGGUUCUCACAAUGGAAUGGGUCGAUGGCAUAAAACUAACAGAUGAAGUUAAGCUGAAAAGGGCUUCUCUUGAUAGAAGGGACUUGAUCGAUCAGGGCCUAUCAUGCUCAUUAAAGCAGCUGCUUGAGGUUGGAUUCUUUCAUGCUGAUCCGCACCCAGGAAAUCUUGUGGCUACUAAAGAAGGGUCUCUUGUUUAUUUCGACUUCGGAAUGAUGGGAAAUAUUCCACGUCACUACCGUGUGGGACUUAUUCAAAUUCUGGUGCAUUUUGUCAACCGUGACUCUCUAAGCUUGGCAAAUGAUUUCCUUUCCUUGGGAUUUUUACCUGAAGGGGUUGAUAUUCAAGCAGUUUCAAAUGCUUUGCGUUCUUCGUUUGGUUCUAGUACAAGAAUUUCACAAGAUUUCCAGGGGGUGAUGGAACAAUUGUAUGAUGUUAUGUACGACUUCAAUUUCUCACUGCCUCCAGAUUAUGCUCUUGUGAUAAGAUCCCUUGGCUCACUAGAAGGCACUGCAAAGAUUCUCGAUCCAGAGUUCAAAGUCAUCGAGAGCGCGUAUCCGUUUGUGAUCGGGAGGCUAUUAGCAGAUCCAAGCCCAGAUAUGAGGAAAAUACUAAGGGAACUUGUGAUUUGUAACGAUGGAUCAAUAAGGUGGAAUCGGCUGGAACGCCUGGUAGCAGCGAUAUCGGAACAGUCUUCUGUGACAUCUGGAGAUUCUCCGGAAGACAAAACGUUGAAGAAAUCAUCAGAACUGAAAUCAUUCGACAUGCAUUCAGUAGUUUCGGCGACAGAAGAUCUGCUGUUGUUCAUAUUAUCAGAGAAAGGGCAGAGAGUUCGGGUCUUCCUUCUUCAGGACAUAAUCAGAGUGGUUGAUAUAUUCCUGGAAGAAGAGGUUCUUGAUCUGAACAUGAAGAAGAAGCAAUCCAUCAAUAUUGGGGAAGAAGGGACGAUGAAAAGAGUGAGCCAUGGAUUCAAAUGUCUGAGCGAGGCCGUGAAGCUAGCACCUGGAAUGUGGACAGCGAUGCUUCUUCGGAUGUCAAGAAAGGCUGAGGUUCACAGUUAUGCUUUAGAGAUAGUGUCUGCGUUGUCUACACAUUUUGGCCAGAAAGUGCCUAACACUUGUUGGAUCAUUUUCUCCAAACUGCUCCAUCACAUUCACAACAAGAGCCAAUAAAAUUAUUUUAUACAUCGCUUAUUUCAUCUCUAGAGAAUAUACACUUGGAAUGUGUAACAGUGUAAAUUUAUCCGUCAUAGGACUCUGUUUUUGACUUGCAAAGUCCAUAAAGCUUUCUUUCUUUUUUGAACACA